AUGGCCAUUUCCACAGUCGUGCUGGCCCGCAGCCCCCGGGAAGUGCAGGCAGCAGGGACCCCGGGGGCGGGGACAGGGACAGCCCCCGCGGCAGACGCGACGCGGAGCGCCGACACGCAGUGGAGGGGACGGGGUCGCCUGCAGCCCCAGCAGAUCCGCUCCCGGGGCAGAACGCAGAAAAGAAAACGUUAUUUGAUGGCAGGAGGCAGACCUUCGGGGGCCAUCCCGAAGCCACCGGGGUUCCCUGUGGACGACCCCAUGCCAGAAGCGGUGCAGAGCGUCCUGCCGGAGCGAGGGUGGGACAAAUUUGACGAAGGAGGGCAGAACAUCGAAGACUGGAACCUGUAUUGCGGGACUUCCUCCUGCCGGAUGACUGAGCGCGUCAGCGUGAAGCCGGGGCAAGGGCUGAACCACCACCCGGGCACCACCAGGCGGACCGGAAGGACCGCCUGGCCAGGCUCCUGGAACUGCAAGCCUGUGGAGCCGUCUCGCGGGACGGGGAUCAUCAUUUCCAGUGACAUUAAAGACUUAGACUUUGAUGAUACAUACAUAGUACGGAAAUAUACCUGCCACCCUUUCCUCGUGGGCAGAGGUAAACCUGACCUCCACAUCUGCGUCUGUAUCACGGGCUUUAAGCCUUUGACCAUUUACAUGUAUCAGGAAGGGUUAACGCGCUUUGCCACGGAGAAGUUCGACCUGAGUAAUCUGCAGAACAGUUAUGCCCCCUUGACCAACCUCAGCAUCAACAAGUCCGGGGCCUCGUAUGAGAAAAUCAAAGAAGUGAUCGGUCGUGGCAACAAGUAGACCCUCAGCGGGUCCUUCUCUUACCUUCGCAGCUGGGACGUGGACGGCCUGCUUCUGUGGCAGAAAAUCCACCACGUGGCUAUUCUCACGGGGCUCGCCAUCGCUCCCUCGGUCCCCUUCACGGCCAACUGCUUCGAGCUCUUUGGGUUUGAUAUUUUGAUUGGUGACAACUUGAAACCGUGGCCGCUAGAGGUCAACUUCAGCCCUGCCCUGUCCGUGGAUUGUUCGGCGGACGUUCUGAAGAGAAAACUCAUCCACGACACUGCUGAGCCGAUUUACUUGCAGGGUCUGAGGCACGGGAGGGCAGAGGGUAGUGGGUCCCGGGGGAGCGGCGGGGUCCCCCUCGCGGAGCUGGAUGCCGGUGGGCUCAACCGCAUGGGCAGAACCCUUCCUCGUGAGUCCCUCUUUCCCGUCACGGGCAGACCGUUUAAGGAGGAAUCUGCAGUGAAGAAAGCCGUAAAGAUAUGUCCCGAGAGUAAACGUGCCUCCCAGCCUAGGGAAAUGAAGAGUAAGAAGAAAGACCUUCUCCUUUCAACAAGAGAACCCCCCCCCCAAACCAAGCUAAAGUUAAAGGGCAGACACACGCCCCACAGCCUCAUUCCGUUCGUGUCCCUCAUCCAAGCGUGCGCCCACCGGACAAGCAUCGCCCCGUGCGUCGCCUCCGACUAGAACAAAGUGCCAGAUCUCCAAGAGGGGAACUUUGUUCUCAUUUUUCCUUUCAACGAAGCAACUUUUGGAGCUUCCAGGAAUAGAUUAAAUGUCAGGAGAAUAAUCCAAGAGUUCCAGAAACGAACGAACAAACAACACUCCCACGUGGCAGAAAAAGAAACAAAGAGAAGGUGACACGGCUUUUGGAAAACCAAGGAUUCCCUUGCCCGGGGACAGCAAUGGCUCGGCCCCUGCCCCUCUGCAUUCAGCACGUUGACCACGUCGCCGGGGCCACCGAUGUGGGUUUAAAUAGAAAUAUAGUA